UUUAUUUGUGUUUUCAGGGAUUUUUUUGUGUGUUUUUGUCAGAUGGCGAGCUCCAACAUCAGAUACGGGGAAGGAGUCAGCCGGGAGAUCGGCAUGGACCUGCAGAACCUCGGAGCUCAGAACGUGUGUCUCAUGACGGACAAGAACCUGUCCCGUCUCCCGCCAGUGAAGGCUGUCCUUGAGUCUCUGGCCAAGAACGGAGUCAAAUACAAAGUGUACGACAACGUGCGGGUAGAGCCCACCGACACCAGUUUUAAAGACGCCAUCGCAUUUGCUAAAAACGACUCGUUCGACGUGUUCGUGGCGGUGGGCGGCGGCUCUGUGAUCGACACCUGUAAGGCCGCCAACCUGUACGCGUGUCACCCUGACGCCGACUUCUUGGACUUCGUCAACGCGCCGAUCGGUAAAGGGAAGCCGAUCACCGGAGCCCUGAAACCGCUCAUUGCAGUUCCUACGACGGCGGGGACGGGCAGCGAGACCACCGGAGUCGCCAUCUUUGACUUUGAGCCUCUGAAAGCAAAAACAGGUAUCGCCAGCAGAGCCAUCAGACCCACGCUGGGCAUCGUGGACCCCACGCACACACUGAGCAUGCCCGAGAGAGUCGCCGCCAACAGCGGCUUCGACGUGCUCUGGUCUGUCCGUCCACUCUGCUUCAAAUCUUUUUAAAUUUUUCAUUUUCUAUUUAUUUUUUUAAAACAAUAUGUUUAUUUAAAAUAAUGCAUACAUUUAUUAUAUCAAACAUGUAGAUACUGGCCUCAUUAACCAAACGCACACUGUGGCAUUAAUGUGCCAAACAAACAAACAAAACCAAAACAACAGCAGCAACGAGAACAAACAAACAAACAAACAAACAAAGAAAAACA